UCUAGAAAAUUGUUUAGAAGGACAUGUCUCGAAACAUUUAUAUCGAAACAUUUAUAUCGUGGAUUAGUGUAGGGACCAAGUAUUAAGGCGCUUCGCUGGUGGAGGUUUAGAGGCUCGUUUAGACCUAUCUAUACCUUGCAUGUGGCAAGACACAUUUACAAGGAAGGCAAUGUUACGAGCGGGCCACAAUGUUACGAGCGGGCCACAUUUUAUGUGGCCGGUCAUGGUGACAUGGGAGACUCUAUCUUGAUUACCUCAGAAGGGUAUGGUUAUGAAUGAUGGAAAGAAGGCCUGGGUGGGAUCGUAGGCCAUAAGCAGGGUAACCAACACAUGGAAGAGCCGAGCGAGUGCACGAGUUUCUUGGGGCCCAUUUUAUGUAGGUUUUAGUUUUUUUGAGUGCAAGUCGCUUUCCGUCGCCUACUUGGACGUCGGGCAAGGGUGGUGCGCCGGUCUGAACGGGAAAUCGGGACGGCAGCGGAUACAGAGGAGAAGAGAGGCAGCCCCAGAAUCCAACCUAGCAUAUCCCUCGUCAAACCCAUUCGUUUGUUGCCUAAUAGCCCGAGUGCUGAGUGUUUGACAAGCGAAGCGUUUCUCUAUCUUGCGGGAGCCAUUUUCCGUGUCAAACUAAAUAAAAAUCUCCGGCACCAACCGACUUCAACUCAACCGAGUCUUCGCCUCCCCACACCCACCCGCUCUCUUUCCCUGUCUUCUUCUCCGCUUCUCCCUCCCUGCAUCCUUCGCCCUCUCGGGUCUUGGGUGUAAUUAAGCAGAAGAAGAGAGUCGAAAGGAAGAAAGAUCUCGGAGUAAUUAAAUUAAGAGAGCAACUUGCCACCCACCAUCCGCAGAUCCAACACCACCCAGAAUACAGCGAAUCAUCAUCAUCAAAAGAAGAAAGAAAGGCAGAGGCGUCCCUUCUUUUCCGUCACAGUCGAUCAGGCCAUGCGCUCGUUUCUCCAAGACAGCGGGAGCGGAAACUUCCCUAUUUUCAGAUAGCUCUUGCAGCGUCUCCAGAUCAGAGCUUAGCGGUUCAUGAUCGAAAGCAACUAGCAAAAUUAGCUUGAUCGGAUGGGAAGAAGGUUCUGCUGCUUUGGUGCACCACGAUCAAGGGAAAAGAAGAAUGGUCAUCGAACAAAAUCAGAUUCAGGUGUUGGGGCAGUUGUUGGUUUAUUACAGGCCCCAAAAAAUGUGCGGCUUUUCUCCUAUAACGAGUUGAAGUCAGCAACACGCAACUUUCAUCCAACAAACAGAAUAGGUCGUGGAGGGUUUGGAGUUGUAUAUAAAGGAACAUUGAGGGAUGAAACGCAGGUUGCAAUAAAGUCACUGUCUGCUGAAUCAAAGCAAGGAACAAAUGAGUUUUUGACUGAGAUUGAUAUGGUAUCAAAUAUUAGGCAUCCUAAUCUUGUUCAACUGAUGGGUUGCUGUGUUGAAGGCACCAACAGGAUUUUGGUUUACGAGUAUCUGGAGAAUAACAGUUUAGAAAAUGCUCUACUCGGUCCAAAGAAUAAGCGGAUUGCUUUGGAUUGGCCCAAAAGAGCUGCUAUUUGUGUGGGUACUGCUCAUGGUCUUGCAUUUCUCCAUGAGGAAGCCGAGCCGCAUAUUGUCCAUCGAGAUAUCAAGGCCAGUAAUGUUUUACUUGACAAAGACCUAGCCCCAAAAAUUGGAGACUUUGGUCUAGCUAAGCUUUUUCCUAACAAUGUCACUCACAUUAGCACACGUGUGGCGGGAACUAUGGGUUACCUGGCUCCAGAAUAUGCCUUACUAGGGCAAUUAACCAAGAAAGCAGACAUCUACAGUUUUGGAGUGCUUGUACUUGAGAUAAUCAGUGGUAGGAGUGGCAGCAAGUCAGUAUGGGAGCUUGAUAUGCAUACUCUUCUGGAGUGGGCAUGGAAGCUGCGAGAUGAAGAUAGGCUGUUGGAUAUAGUGGAUCGGGAACUGGUGGGGUAUUCAGAGGAGGAAGUCUUGCGCUUCAUCAAGGUAGCAUUGUUUUGCACCCAAGGAACGUCAAACCAGAGGCCCUCCAUGAAACAGGUCGUAGAAAUGCUGUCAGAUGAGAUCGGUCUUGAUGUUGGAAGCCUAAUUCAACCAGGCGUGGUUAAAGACAGAGAUCAGAUUCCUGGAAAUCCUAGUGGAAGUUCACGGGGGGUUUGGAGGCAAAAAGGCGAUCGGUUGGCCAAUGCAGCUUCACCAAUCACUUCCACAAGAAAUAUGAACAGCUCUACCAUGAGCAUGGUUGAGGUGGAACCUAGAUGAGAGAUCUACAGUGGAUAGAGUCGGAUAGUUCCCUGCUUGCGCUAGUUUAAUUUGGUUAGCAGCUGAGAAGUGCGCCUAGUUGCACUUGAUAUCUGUAGCUAACGAGGCAUUUCAGGGCACUUGCUAAAGGAUUCUGUGCCGUCUCUCUGGGCAGGUCCUGUGCAUAUUCACCAACAAUGGCCAAAUUUCUUUUGAUAUUACGAAUCCUUUUUUCACCUGAUUCUUUCACACAAUAAAAACGUGUUGUUAACAGGGUCCAUUAUCUCUAGCUGAUGUAUAUUUAUUUAAUUUAAGCAUGGCAGCCUAGAGCGUAUAUCAUGUGCUAGGGCUAGUCUGCUUUCUGCAUGUUGUACAUCUGAUGGAUCUCAGUUAUUUUUGACAACAUAUAUCUUGUUGCUA